UGAACAACUCUUUUUUGUACGCCCAAGUUGGAUGGCCAGAAAUAGGCACAGCUGUAACUGCAUUACAUUGCAAAUGAUCCGUUGCAAUCUUGUGUCUGACUCUGACCAUAUCCAUCUCAGUUUACAUUUAUCCUUGCGCCUAUAGUGGCAUCAUUUCUCUUUCUUUUAAGGCAGCUCAUUCGUGUUUUGAUUACAUCAUCUCAGAGUAGUAACCAGAGAGAGAAAUAGCGGAAUAUCAAGAGGGAGAUAGAGAGAAAUCCUCAGCCAAGAAAAUUCGUAAUGAGCAACUUCUUUGGCACCGCAGGUUCAGGUUCUGGGACCAAUGCCAAUAAGUUGUCGUCAAAUAACAAUGGAGGCAGUAGUGGCAGUGGCAGUGGAGGAUGGGGCUCGUUUCUUAAGCAGGGAUUAUCAACAAUUGAAUCCAAGUUAGACAUGGUCCUAGAUAUCCAAGUUCCUAUUCAUGGUGGAGCUGCUGGUACUCUCACUUCUUUCUCACCUAAUGCGACAGUCUUACCAUCCAGCAUUACCAGUCAAUCGACUACAAAAGAUACACAGCCAAAGGAGGUAGCGCCACCUCAGGUACCAUCUUCAGGAGACUCUGCUGAUACAGGCGAUGCUGGGACUCAAAAUAAAAGUGGCAAGAACCAUGAUACCCUUCGUAAACCUUCAAACAUGGCCAGCAGUGCGAGAGGAUCCCAGGAUGGACUCAAAAUGAAUGUUAAGAAAGAGGAAGCGACUGUUACAGUAGACCCUUUUACGGGAAUGAUCACUACUACUCCCACUGUCAAGCGCAUGUCAACACCGCCAGUCUCAGGGAGUGACAAUAAUAAUAAUCCCUCUUCGCUGGUCUCUAAUGCAUCGACCACAUUGUCUGCUGCCGCUGCUGCCGCUGCCGCCAAUAGGGAACGCUUGGAGCAAAGGAUGCGGGGUAUUUUUAAAAAAGCUGCACCAGAGUCUCCAUCUGCCACGCCCACAGCUAUUGCGGCCCAUUCUCGCACUGCGUCUCCAUCUUCAUCCGUUCGCCGAUCAAUGUCUGCAGAAAAGGAUGAUAAGGCAAUCGAUAAAAACAGUGUGGAACGAACGCGCGAAUCAACUGUCGCCGCUUCGACCGACGAGGAAACCAAAUUUUCCAAAGAGGAUAUGAAAGAUAUACAGGAGGCUACACAAAAAGACGUACAGAAUGACACGCAGAAGGAUACACAGAAGGAUAUGCAGAAGAGUACACAGGAAGAUGUCGAAACCGAUGUACAAGAAGACAAUGAGAAAGUAUUGGAAUCUAAGGACAAGGCCUCAGAAGUACAGGACUUAACAGAGAUUACGUCUGAUGUCGAAAAAGACAAUGAUAGUAAGGAUCAACUCACAAUAAGUGACUCGCUUGAACAGGCAAAGGUAGAGCCAAUACUAGCUCAAGAAGGUCAAGAAGACGCCAACUAUGAAGAUAGUUUGAAUGGAAAAGAGUUUAUCAAAGCAGAUGCAGAGGAUAAGCAGGAAGAAGUUACGCCGUCAGAAUCAACAGUAGAAACGAUUAAGGUAGAUAAAGAGCAGCCAGCUGUUAAAAAAGAGGAGAAUAACGUUGUUCAUGAGCCUGAACAGAAUACAACAGAAGAUCAACCAUCACAAGAGGAGACCGCACUUACAUCGGAACCAGAGAAGUCCACCGCCGCUAGCUCUGAACAGACUACAGAUGCAAAAGCAUCAACGUCAACAGAUCACCCUAAUACACAAAUCGAGGAUAUUAAAGCCCCGACUUCAGCAUCUGCUACGGAGGGGAUCACUCCAGUAAAUAUUGAACCAGAGCUUAAAGUUAAAGAAAGGCAUGAAACCAAUAAUGAGAAUCCAUUGCAGAAGGUACUGGAGCAGCGCGAGGAACAGCUUUUCAAGGCAAUGCAGGAGCAGUCUUCACUACUUGAAAAGCUCCGUGAUUUGGAGGAUGCAAAGGCUGCUGAGGAUGCUCUAAAGGCCACCAAGAUUGCUGGCCUAGAAAAAAUUAUUGAGACUCAAAAGAAGGAACUUGAAGUAGCCAGAGGGUCCAACCUUACUAGUCAGCCAAAAUCCAUCCAAAAGACUCUUGAGGAGCAACGUGCGCUUUUGGAAGACAAAGAUGAGCAGAUCAGAGGGCUAUUGGCAGAAGGGGAGGUCCUAUCAAAAAAGGAGUUCAAGAAUCUGACCACCAUCAAAGCACUAAGAACAAAGAACAUUGAAGCUGAGAAGCUUCAGAUGGACACUCAAAAGAAGCUUGAUAAGGUGCUAUCGGAUUAUGCUGAUGCACAGGCGAAGAUCUCCAAGCUUAUGGACGAAAACAAGCAACUUAACGAGUCCAUCAAGUCGUUACAGGAUAUCAAUCAGCGGCAGAAUAAGCAAUUGACAAAGAUGGAGGCAGAGCUCUUCCAACUCAAGGAAGAGAAAGCUAAUUUGCAACUAGGAUUAGACCGUGCUUGGCAAGAGCUGGCAGAGGCCCGCAAAGCUUCUGCUGAGUUGUCUAACCAGGCGCAUGCCGCAUCAUUAGAGCGCGAAAUGAAGCUGAAUGAGGAGCUGAAUAAUGAGAUGGAGGCCCUCAAAGCUCAACAUGCUGCUAUUGAAGCCAAUCUCCGUCAAGACAUCCAGGAGCUCCGAGUGUCUCUUUCUAAUCGUGAGGAAUCUGCUGGAGAAAGGGAGGAUCAGUUGCUGAUGGAGAUCAGAAACCUUCAGGCACGGUUGGAGCAAACUGAUAAUGACUCAUAUGAAUUACAAGAAGCUCUGGACGAAGCCCGACGUCCACUUCUCCGACAAAUCGAAGCUUUACAGAACCAGCAGAGCGUCGCCAACCGAAACUGGGACAAGAUUGAGAAGAAUCUGACGCGGCGUAUUGCAGAAGCGGAGGAAGAUGCGCUCAAGGCUCAGGAACGGGAGCGCAGUGCUCGUGACAAGCUCGAUGAAAUGAAAUCACGUUAUGUGGCUUUAGAAGCGCGUCUUGAGGCAUUGAGGACAUCAGACAUUCAGCUCCGUGCAGAAAUCAGCGACAGUAAGAGGAAUCUGAAAGAUAAGGAGGAUGAGGCACGCCGUAUGCAAGCAGAGUUGACUCAAGAACGCCUCAACCGUGAACGUGCGAUUGAAGAGGCCAGAGACGACGCAGAAAGGAAGCUUCGUCUUUUACAGCAGACAGAGAUGAACAAAUUGAAGCAACAAAUCCAGCAGCUACAGCAGCAACAAAGCCAAGGAGCAAUAGGUGAGGACACACGGUAUCCUAAUAAUGCAUCAGACCCACAUCUUUCGAUGGGAGCAACUUCAGCGGCAGCAACAAUGCGAAGGCCAUCAUCAUCUGCAGGACUUUCGUCGCCUUUGUUCCCGCCAGGAAGCCCAUUAACUAUGAGUGGCUCAAAAACACUUGGUGCACAGGCUCAGGGUAGUGUCCGGUCUAGUCUUGAAUUGAUAGCCAGUCCCGCAAGCUUGGACGGCAUGUCGCCGUCACUGUCUCGCACGGGUUCCUCUCAAGCUGUAGGGCUUGUGGGUCUUAGUAGCAAUGCGACAGGGCAGGCAGUGGCGGUGGAAAGGCUUAGCACAGUUGUUCGACAGCUAGAAGGCCAGGUCACUUUCCUGAGUGAACAAGUACGGACAGCAAAUAGGAAUAAAGAUGAGCUUUCGAAUGAACUUGUUCGGGUGACAAUGGAAUUGGAGGACCUACAAAAGCAAGCUGCACGUCUUCCUGGGCUGAAACAAGAGUUAGAUUUGUUGCAGGAGCGUCAUCGAGCUGCGCUUGAGAUGCUGGGAGAACGGACCGAGGAGGUCCAGGAACUCAAAGCAGAUCUAUUGGAUGUCAAGGAAGCAUACCGGGACCAAGUAAGCGAGUUACUCAGCCAACUAGAAACAGCAAGGCGUGCCAUCAAAAAUUAAUUAGACAGCAUUAAAUAAAAUGG